AUGCAUCAGUUAGUUUCGGAACUAAUACCAACACAGACCACAAUGUUCAAGCUGGUGGUGUUGUCUGUCGUGCUCGCAGUGGCGGCCGCUAAGCCCAGCGGUCUGUGGGGCGCCGGCCUGGCCGCACCCCUCGCCGCCGGCUGGGGCGCUCCCUGGGGCCACGCCGGAAUCGCCGCUCCUUUGGCGGUAGCCGCUCCCGUCGCAGCUGUGGCCGCUCCCGUCGGCGCUUACAACUACAGAGGCCCGCUCUCUCUCGCCCCCGGUCAACCCGCCAACAUCCUGGCUGCUGACGGCAGGCCCUUGGACACCCUCAGCGUGAACCUCGACCGUGCGGUGCACCUCACCGCCAAGGCUGUCGACGGCCACGGACACUGGCUGAAGAAGAGGUCUAUUGUAGCGGCUCCCUGGGCUGCUGCUCCUUUGGCUGCCGCUCCCGUAGUGGGCGCAUGGGGCCACGCUGGCUUGGUCGCUCCCGCUCCCGUCGCUGUCGCCGCUGCUCCCUGGGGUGUCGGACACGCCGCUGCCUGGGGCGUCGGACACGCUGCCCGCUUGGGACACCUUUGGUGAAGCACAACGAGGCUAGUCUAGGAUCUUAAAAAUAAAGCAAUAAAAUAUAAAGAGAGUUACCUACUUUA